UUGACCAUUUCUUCAUCUGAGUCUUAUUAUCUUCAGUUCUUUUGUGUCGUCACACACAACUCAGUUUCAGAAUAAUUUUUUUCUUAUUCACAAAUUGAGAUUGUUGUUUCUUCUGAGAUUUUUUUUUUGUUUUUAUAUUUAUGGAAGUCUCUUGAUUUCGCUUUUAUAACCCCCACCAAAAAACAUAUUUUUUUUGAUUUUAGUACACCAAGAAUGAUUUGAUUGAUCAUCUCAAAAGGGUUUUGAUUUGACAGGCCUCUCUAUAAUCAAAACAAAACUUAACCUUUUUUGGGAUCAUGGGAUCUGAAACUGGAUUUUACUCAGAUGAAGUGUUUGCUUUGGAUCCUAAAUGGGUCGUUGAUCCUCAACAUCUCUUUGUUGGUCCCAAGAUUGGUGAAAGUGCUCAUGCCAAAAUUUACGAAGGAAAAUAUAAAAACAAAACAGUUGCUAUUAAGAUUGUUAAAAGAGGAGAAUCUCCAGAAGAGAUUGCCAAAAGAGAGAGCAGAUUUGCAAGAGAGGUCUCUAUGUUGUCUAGAGUUCAGCACAAAAACUUGGUUAAGUUCAUUGGAGCUUGCAAAGAACCAAUCAUGGUUAUAGUCACCGAGCUUUUACUUGGUGGUACCUUGCGUAAAUACCUUGUGAGUUUGCGUCCAGGGCGUUUGGACAUACGUUUAGCUGUUGGGUUUGCUCUUGACAUUGCUCGGGCCAUGGAAUGCUUACACUCUCAUGGAGUCAUCCAUCGUGAUCUCAAACCAGAGAACUUGAUCUUAACAGCAGAUUAUAAGACGGUUAAACUAGCAGAUUUCGGUUUAGCUAGAGAAGAAUCAUUAACCGAGAUGAUGACCGCAGAAACUGGUACAUAUCGUUGGAUGGCUCCCGAGCUUUAUAGUACGGUCACAUUGAGGCAUGGCGAGAAAAAACACUAUAACCAUAAGGUAGAUGCAUACAGCUUCGCCAUCGUCUUGUGGGAGCUUAUCCACAACAAGUUACCUUUUGAAGGCAUGUCAAAUCUCCAAGCUGCUUACGCUGCAGCAUUUAAGAACUUGAGGCCAAGCGCAGACGACUUACCGGGGGAUUUAGCAAUGAUCGUAACAUCUUGCUGGAAAGAGAAUCCAAACGAGCGACCAAACUUCACAGAGAUUAUUCAAAUGCUUCUACGUUGCCUCUCCACAAUCUCAACACCUGAGCUUGUUCCUCCCUCCAUUAAACGAGUAUUCUCUUCGGAAAACGCGGUAUUGCCACCAGAAUCGCCUGGAACUUGCUCAUUGAUGGCUGUUACAGACGAAGAUCAGAAUCAUACUGAUGCAAACUUGCCGCAGAAACAAGUUAGAGGAAGCUUCUUUUUCUUCUGCUGCUAAUAUUUGAUUUUUAUUUGGUUAUAAGGUGGAAAAUAAAGAGAAGUGGUUUGAAAAAUGUUAUGAAUCAUUGAUGUAUUAAUAGCUUAGGA